UAUUAAAGCUUUUGACACGGAAUAGAAGAAGAAGAUAAAUUGUUGUUCGUCGAUUUCUGAGAAGAAAGAAAGGGAAAAUUCUCUCUUCUUCUUGUUGACGUUCUUCACUGUUAAGAUGCGUUGUAUCCAGUGUUCUUCUUCCCCACCUUGGAGAAACAGAGCAAUAUAACCAUAGAGGAAUAUAAAAUUCAUCACCCUUUUUCAUUUUCCGUCAAUGGAUUCCAGUACCCAUCGUCAUGUCUCCGAUCCAAAUCAUCUCUACACUGGGUCAGGUCUUCUCCGGUUUCGAUCCGCCCCCAGCUCGCUUCUCGCCACCUUCUCUGAUGACGAGAAAGGUGGGUCCGAUUCCGACAGGUUAAUCUCCAGAUUCGUCAGCUCUGAUGGCGGAAACGGUGAUUUGGGUUCUCCGGACCUGAGCGAGUUUGAGGAUAAGUCUCCGGUUUCUGCGGCGGAGGCCGCCGUCGCGUACGUCUCUGCCCCUCCGCCGAGCUAUUCUGCUCUGCCGCCGCACUACCCGAGGCAGCAGAGCAAAGGGAUUACGAGCUCUGUUGCUAUGGAUGGAUCGUAUCAGUUUCUGGGUAUGAUCCAUCAUCAAUCGAAACCGGUUGGAUCCAAUCUUGUUCGACAAAGCAGCUCUCCUGCCGGGAUGUUCAAUAAUCUCUCCAUCCAAAACGGCUAUGGUUCCUUCAGGAGUUUAUUGAAUUAUGGUGCCGAGGAAGAACAGAGUCAAUCUCCAAACGGAUUGAAGCGCCAUCGCAGCCUCGCGUCGCGUCCACCUUCCUUAACCAGAAUGCUCUCUCAGAUAUCCGAAAUCGGGACCGAGACUAUCUCAGCGAAUUUCCAAUAUGGCCACUGGAACGAUCCUUCGAGCUUCAUGGAGAACUUCUCGAUGAAAAGAGAAUCAGUUGAUGAUGAUGAGGGGAAGUUGUUUUCCGGGGCUCAGAACGGCGAGACUGGAGAUCGAAUGCAUUUGUUGUCACAUAGCCUGAGUCUGCCUAAAAGAUCUGAGUUGGACAUGGUUAGGGUGGACAAGUACCUUCAGUUCCAAGAUUCUGUCCCUUGUAAGAUAAGGGCCAAACGUGGAUGUGCAACUCAUCCUCGAAGCAUCGCUGAAAGGGUGAGAAGAACUCGGAUAAGCGAACGUAUGAGGAAAUUGCAGGAGCUUGUUCCUAACAUGGAUAAGCAAACCAACACAUCAGACAUGUUGGAUCUGGCUGUGGAAUACAUCAAAGACCUCCAAAGACAAUUCAAGGUCAAGACUCUUCUUCAACAAAUGCAGAUAUUGAGCGAAACCCGCGCUCAUUGCAAAUGUUUUAACAAGGAGGAGAAGGCCGUAUAGGAAGAACCUGCCUAAGCAACUUUCCCCACAUAUUGUACAUAAGGGCGAGAGAGAGCACAAGAGAAGCUAGAAGAAUGGUCCUCUCCAACAUAUUUUCUUGGGAAUAAAAAGAUCAUACGACUUGAAUGCUUUCGUAUGAGGAAAUUGCCAUAAUUCGAUCUCUCGAGGACUGUAAAGGUUGGAACUUUUUCAAUGCCCAUGUAGCAAAGCUUCGUGUUUUAGUUUAUACGCGAAGUGGGUAAGGUUAAUAGUCACGGUUCAGUGUACACAUUAGUCUCACGGUUCGUUGUAAACAUCAUAAGGAUCAAAACCUUUUUUCAAGAUGCUGUAACAGAUCGAAAGCCAUAUGGUCCUUUUCUCCGUCUGAGUUGAAAUGUAUUGCUCAUCGAGAGACAAGACACCA